CCGACGUGGAUUUACAUUCAGAGAAGGCGGUCCUGUGAAUUCUUCAUUUCUGAAAGUUUUCAAGUAUAGAUUAUUUAUUACCUUGUUGUAAAUGCCCCUCUAGGACACUUUGGAGGCUGGGUUUUCGUACAGCUGGAAACAGAAAGCGAUGGUCGAUGUCCCACUUCUGACUUCACGCGGCUGGCAGGGCAACUUUUUAAAAUAAGCGGGUCUGCCUUACUUUCAAAUGCUUUUCAACUGGAUGCACAUCUCAUGACAGAUUCUGAACAAGUUAGCAAGUGGAGAUAAUUCAUCAGCAUGGACACUGGGAGAAAGUUCUCGACAUGGGACUACGUGGUCUUUAUUGUGACUCUGGCCAUUGCACUGGCGAUUGGGGUUUACCAGGCACUGGCAGGACGGCGUCAAUUCAGCAGUAAAGAAUUCCUCCUGGCCGGGCGUCAGCUGAGCGCUUUACCCGUGGCCAUGUCCCUGACAGCCAGCUUCAUGUCUGGCAUCACGGUCAUUGGCACUCCUGCAGAGGCUUACCAGUUUGGAGCACCAUUUCUGCUGUUUGCUUUCUCCUACAGUAUCAUGUCAACAAUCAGCGCAGAGAUUUUUGUGCCUCUUUUCUACCGGCUUGGCAUCACCAGCACAUAUGAGUAUUUGGAGAGGCGCUUCAAUCGACUCACCCGAAUAAUUGGAACCAGCAUGUAUAUUGGACAGACAGUCUUGUAUACUGGCAUGGUGAUCUACGCACCGGCACUGGCUCUAAACCUAGUUACUGGUUUGGACCUCUGGGGAGUUUUGGUGGCAACAGGAGUAGUGUGCACCAUCUACUGCACUGUGGGUGGUCUUAAGGCAGUGAUCUGGACAGACGUCUUCCAGAUGAUCAUCAUGUUGUCAGGAUUCUUGGCGAUAAUUAUUCGUGGAGCCGUGGUACAAGGUGGUGUUCAGCGAAUCUGGAAUGACUCGUACUAUGGAGGUAGACUGAACAUCUGGGACUUUGACCCUGAUCCCCUGAAACGCCAUACCUUCUGGACAGUUGUGGUUGGAGGUUCUCUGAUGUGGACAUCCAUCUAUGCCAUUAACCAGUCUCAGGUCCAAAGGUACAUCUCCUGUCGGAGCCAACUGCACGCAAAGAUGUCGCUAUAUUUUAACAUGGUUGGAUUGUGGAUCACUGUGACUCUGGCCAUGGUAACAGGGUUUACCAUGUACUCCAUUUACUCACAAUGUGACCCACUGAGUGUGGGAAAAGUCAGCGCUCCCGAUCAGCUCCUGCCUUAUCUGGUGAUGGACAUCUUGGCAGAUUAUCCCGGUGUGCCAGGGCUCUUCGUGGCGGCCGCAUACAGUGGUACCCUCAGCACAGUGUCAUCCAGCAUUAAUGCACUGACUGCAGUCACAGUGGAAGACUUCAUCAAACCUCUUUACCCAACAGUCACCGAACGUCGCCUGGCCUGGGUGUCAAAUGGACUCAGCAUCUUUUAUGGAGCAGUUUGCAUCGCAAUGGCAGCCAUGUCCUCUCUAAUGGGUAACAUCCUUCAGGCAGCCCUUUCCAUCUUCGGCAUGAUCAGUGGACCUCUACUGGGCCUCUACCUGCUUGGGAUGUUUUUUCCUUGUGCAAACAGCAUUGGGGGGCUGGUGGGGCUAUUCACUGGACUCAUCUUGACACUCUGGGUGGGCAUCGGAGCUCAGAUUUACCCACCGCUGCCUGAGAAAACAAAUCCUUUACACCUCAGCACAGCAGGAUGUGUCUUCAACUACACAGAGCCACCGACGCACAGCACUGCUCUCCCCUGGAGUUCGGACAUAACAGCCACGAUGGGAAGUCUGGACCAACAUCGCCCCGGAAUCGCAGACACCUGGUACUCUCUGUCCUACUUAUACUUCUGCCCUGUUGGGACCCUCACGGCUCUGCUCCUGGGGCUCAUUGUGAGUCUUCUGACAGGAGGUAGAAAGCAGAAGCACAUCUCCCCUGAUCUUUUCAUUAGAAAGAGCGACCUUUUAUGUUUUACCUGCAAAACUCAAGAUGAGGAGAUUAACAAGGAAAUAACAAACAGCACUCCAGAUAUGGAGUUAAAGAAAGGAACUGACAAUCCAUCCUUUGAUGUUAAAGAAGAAAACCCCCAAGAAAAAAUGGAAAAUAAAACCACUCUUUAGUACAACAGAGGAGGAAGGCAGGGACACCAGUUUUCCUUCAUCGGUCUCCUACAGUGGCCCGCACCUGGAAUCCUGCAGCGUCUUCAGUCCUGAAGAGGAGCUGCUCAAAGGUUGACUUCAUUGCCAUUGAUUUGUCUGAUCAGUGCUGUAAAUAAAACACAA